AUGGCACCAUCUCUUAUCGAUUCAUAUGGCUACAAGUUUCGCCAGACGGAGCUUCACAUAUCAGCAGAGCAGCUUGACCCGCUGAAGCACAAGUUCGAUGAAGUGGGGUCAGAGGCUCUUGCAGCUCUAGAUGGCAUGUUCCCUCCCCCACCACCUCGGGCUGGGUGGUACGCCAAGGGGAAGCAGGAAGACCCGCAGCCUGAUCGCGAUACAUACGCUCUGCUUCGGGACCAUUGCGAGAAGGAUCCGAGACUGAUGAAGCUCUGGGCCGAAGUCAACGCCGUGCCUGAGUGGGUCGACUGGGGCCAGAUCAAGCGUGGGCAGGACGUCUUCUACCGCUACGCGCCUGCUGCAGUUACUGGGUUUGCGUUCCAAGGACUGCUGGCUACGACUGGCGCCUCGUACCGACCGGCAGAGACAUUGGUUCGUACAGGCGGUCACUCUGCCAAGGUCGCCAAGAACAGACUCUUUGAGACAUUUCAGCUCCUUCUGCAGGUCACGAAAUCCCUCGACGACAUCAAGCCUGGAGGCGAAGGCUUCGCUUCAGCCGUGCGCGUCAGACUACUGCAUGCCGCGGUGCGAGGACGAAUCCUGAAGCUCAACACACAGCGUCCCGGAUACUUUGAUAUCGAUAAAUAUGGUGUUCCCAUCAACGAACUUGACUCGAUGCAAUCUGUGUGUGCAUUCUCUACCAACCUCGUAUGGCUGGCUCUGCCCCGACAGGGUAUUUACGUUCGCCACCAAGAAACUCUAGACUACCUCGCUUUAUGGCGAUGGGUCGGCUACGUCCUGGGUACUCCCCACUGGAUCUUGGAAACACCUGAGCGGGCAUUGGCAUCUAUGGAGUCGCUUUUGAAGGCCUGUCUUGCCCCGAGCAAGAACUCUCGAGCCUUGGCCAACAACUUGGUCAUUGCUUUGGACGGCGUUGCUCCCAUUUAUGAGCCGAAAGAGUUCUUCGAGGCCGGAACUCGCUUCAUCAACGGAGAUGAGAUGUGCGAUGACGUCGGGCUUGGGAAACCUGGUCUGUACUGGGAUGCUGUCAUCAGAGGUAUCAUCUGGACUCUGAUGGUGAUUACUUAUAUAUCACGCUCUAUCCCUGCCUGGGAUAGGUGGCAAAUCAAGACAUUCCGGGCUCUGUUCUGGGAUUACAUCGUGGAGAACAAGGAUACCCUGAAGGGAGGAUACAAAUACGAGUUCAAGUACGUGCCGCAUCAUGAUGCGAAGACUGGCGCCGAGACUGCAGAUGGGCCGCGACCUGCGAAUGGUGUGGGAAAUUUGGAGGUAUUUGGCCUCGUUGGAUUUUCCAUUGCUAUGUUGCUUGCGACCGGGCUCUUGACUACGGUAGCUAAGCUGGGCUUCUCGUACAUGGCCAGCAACCCUCUGCAGGCAAUCGCCGCUAGUAGCCCCUUGAAGCCUUGA